AUGAGCAUAAUUUCAGACUUGGCCUGGUCGCCAUCCACGGGAUACCCCAGCACACACCCGUCCACUCUCAAAUCCAUCGCCACCACCUGUGCGCCAGCAUUGUCUGCUUCUGUCAGCAAUGCAGUGGCAAGCCUACAGACCGCCACGGGGUAUCUUGACGUGAUUUCGCUCUCGCAGGUGGUGCGUGGUGCCGAGGCGUCUCUUUCCAUCAUCGAUGCCCAGGAAAUCUUGGCCACUGCCACAGACUCGUCCGUGCAGGCCGAGGCCACCGAAGUCAUCUGGGAAUCCAUGUAUAACUUGCAGAGCUUGGCAGACGACGAGAACAUCUACGGCUACUACUUGAACCGGGGUGGCAACAUUUUUUUUUUGGUGCUCUUCGCGUUGAUCUGGCUUUUCCAGCUCGGCAUGUUGGUCAAGUCCCGCUACCACUGGUUCAACAUCACCUUCAUCUGCGGCUACACGCUCGAAUUCUUGGGUUUUUUGGGCCGUGUGUUGGCGUUCAUGGACGACUCAGACAUCAACUAUUUCUUGCUCCAGCUCUUGUCUUUGACCUUUGCGCCGGCGUUCAUCAUGGCCGGCAUCUACUUUUUGUUUGCACAGAACGUGGCCAUCUACGGCCGCCAGUACUCCAUUUUGAGGCCCAUGUGGUACUCGUAUUUUUUCAUUGGGUGCGACGUGGGUUCCUUGGUAAUCCAAGGCAUUGGCGGAGGCAUGGCCUCGGCUGCCAACCGGAGACAGGAAGACCCCUCAAACGGAAUUUGGGUCAUGUUUGGAGGUAUACUCUUCCAGGUCGUGGCCAUGACCAUCUUCAUUGUAUUUUGGCUUGAGUUCAUCUCCAGAAUCUACUUCCACGACCGCAAGUCCGUUGUCUCGGACUCUCCUUUGAAGAGACGGACCCCGGUGUCUUACUUCAAGUUCUUAUUCAACACCUCGUCCGCCAGGGCAUACAGGCAAGAGCAUCUCGAGCCCUUCUACAAUACAAAGUACACGCAUAUCCGGGCACGUCUUUUGGCGCCGUACUUCCCGCUCGCGGUCACCGCCGCGGUGAUUUUCAUCUACAUCCGGUGUGUUUAUAGGGUGGUGGAGUUGGAGGAGGGCUUCUCGGGCUACCUCAUCACGCACGAGGCGUUCUUGAUGGCGCUUGACGCGUCCAUGAUGGCCGUGGCGGGGCUUAUAUUCAUCCCCUUCCAUCCUGUGUUUGUGUUUGGCACAAAGAACAUACUCACGGUCAAGGACGUCAAGAAACGCGUGCCGUCCACCGAGUCCGAGGAAGAGAAGUUCGCUGCAUCGGAGAAUCUCGAGGGGUCCGACGAGUCUCUCACCCAGACCACGGCUUAG